AUGCAUUGCGAUACCAGAUUACUUAUUGUAAAUUUUCUCUUCAUUACUAAAUUUAUAUGUUUUUGUCAAUAUUCGGAUGAACAAAGUUACUUAUCAUUGAUUGAAUUUAAUCGUGGUGGCCCAUCAACAAGUGUGAUAAUUUCAUCGCCGCAUGGUGGUUUUCUUGGCAGUGAUUUUACAUCAAAAAAAUCAGGGAAAACAUCAGUACAUGGAACUCUAACAGAACCGCUGUCACCGUUACCUAUCGGCGGUUGUUACAACAAUACAUUAGAUCGUUGUAUAUAUUCAUUGCAAGAUUGUUUAAGAUCGGAUAAUGAUUACACCGACAAAAUUACUUUUCAUCCUGAUGCAAGAUGCAUCAUGGAUCGCAGUUCAACAUCAACAAUGUAUGCACUAGCUAAAGCUGUUGCUGAAGAAUUUUUAGCCGAACGUCGACCGUUUACUAUUUUAAAUAAACUCACUCGUCAAUAUGUUGAUCCAGCAGAAGAUCUAGUUCUGGGAACAUUUUUACUUGAAAGCUCUACUCGUGUCUAUAUGGAUUAUCAUCGAUUUAUAUCUAUGGCAAAAGAAUCUAUACGUCCACGAUCACAUGGUCUUUUUAUUGAGUUUGUUUUUCAUAAAAAUUCACAAACAAUACAACUUGGCUACGGCUUUGAACCAAGUCCUUCAUCAAUGAUUAGUAAACCAUCGCAAUCAACAAUAACUGAUUUAGUUUCACGCUUUGGUUCAAGUGUUAUUAAGGGAAAUCAUUCUCUUGGCUAUUUUUUACAUCGCAAUGGAUUUCCACAUGUUAUACCACUAGAACAGCAAAGACAAAUUAAAUAUCGUUUAUCAACUCAUUCUACACGUACGCAUGCUGAUCAACGAUUUAAUGCAAUUUUAUUCUCAUAUCCAAUUGAACGUUUAAGGACGCAUACGCUUAAGUUAGAAGCAAUACGAAUCACCAAGGCUAUCGAGCAGUUUAUAGAAAUGAAUCAUAUUAAAUCUGACUCUGCGUCAUCGCUAUUAUUUGCCAAUUCUAUCAAGAUUUUGUUGUUAUUCUUGUCACAAAUUUUCUUUCAUAAUAUGCAAAUGUAUCGUUGA